UUUCAAACAGCGAUGUCGUCCGUCGAGGUAACGUCUUCUCCUGAAGAGGAAUCACAUUCUCCUGGAUCGUCAGUGUCUAGUCGUUUACAAGAGCAAUAUGACGAGCUGUUACGCUACGCUGUCGUUACGCCGCAAUUCGAUCCGCGCUCGUUUCCACCUCACACAGACAAGAUGAGACGUUCACCUCUAGAGCAAGUCGACGUGAUGGCGAAGGAGACGGAUGUAUUGGCGGAGAAACGUUCGGAAGAGUCAAUGAAGUCGUUGGACGUAAACGAUGAAUCAUCACAUGCAGAUAACAGUUCCAACGAAGACUCAGGCUCUCACAUAGCUCUCCCACGUCCAGAACACGAACAACAUGAAAGACGACAGGAAGUCACAUUUCCAUUAUCAGGAACACCCCAUAGUGGCACUCAACUCAGAGUUCCUCCAUUAGUUGUUGAUGACAGCCCACCAGGCUCGAUUACAGAUGACAAUGAAGACGAAAGGAAACGGGCGGAUGAUCCGGACAUGAUGAGGCUUGAACUUCAGUUGGAUUCGUGGACACUUGACUUGAAGCGGAACAUUCUGGCAGAGUUUGGGCAAACUAGAAUUAAAUUACUGGAAAGGCAUCGACAAGACAUUGAGAAUGAACAGGAAAGACAUGCUGCAGAGUUGGAUCGCGUCCAUAAUGAGCUUGAAGGCUGCAAGGAACUUCUGGUGACGUAUGAGCAAUCGAUAGCGAGGAAGGAUCACAUUAUUACGAAUUUGUCGAGAGCAUUACAGAAACAGAAAGACAAGCUUGAGCUUCAGAAGAAUUUUGCUGCCUGGAAGCUUCGUCAUUGUGACGAGCAGCGUGAAGAGUUUGCAACUAAACUGGCAAGGAAGCACUACGAUCGUCAUAUAGCUGAGAGAGUGUGGAGCGCAUGGCAUGGGAUACUGGAGACGAAGUGGAAGCAACGGGUGGAGAGAGCUUGUCAGACAAGAGCUGAAGAAGUAUGUCACAGACUAAGCUCAGAAUACGAAGAAAAACUCUCAGAGCUAAACCAAUGUCUCCAAGUCUCACAAGCAGAAGUUGCUCAUCUUCAGGCUGAACGGCAAGGCUACGAAGAGACGAUGAAGCGAGCGUUCAUGCGUGGCGUCUGUGCCCUCAAUCUCGAGGCAAUGACGAUGUUUAGAGAAGGAACAGGCAGUGGCGACGUUGAAGAAGGAGAGGAACACGAGAAACACGUGGGAGUGCAGCCUGGUUGGUUGCCACAGAAUCCGGUGUCUGUCUCUUUGGAAACAGCCCAACAGCGACCUUUUGUUGAGACGACUGCGCAACAGGUGGAAUCAUCGGUUGAGUCCGAUGCUCCUCCAUAUCAAUCUCGUCACGUUGUGGCACCCAGUGCCUCCACUUCUCACAGACGCCAGUCGCCAUCGGCACGUGCGACCAUCCUGUCGAGGCCCAACCAACAGAAAGGCGGCAACGUGCUCGUCGAACGACACACAGAACGAGAAACACAGAGCAGACAAGGAGUGCAAACAGGGCGCGUGCCUCCCGCGAGAAUCGGGGCAACAAAGCCAAAGGCAGUGACCACAUCCGGGACACACCAACGACGACCAGCAGUCAAAGUAGUGCAAUAAAUUUCGAAUGUACGUAUGUGCAUACUGGGAUGGUGUGGUAUGACACUAUCCCGGAUGUACAUGAUCUACGUAUGUACUGUCCCGGAUGUAAACGAUUUACGUAUGUAAAAUAUAUGCGAUUUAUGUAUGAGUAUACAGAUGACCUACUGGUUGUCACUUGUGGACAAGAACUUUGUGGCUUGAACUCGGUAGCCGCGUCUUCCUUUGCAUGCAUUACAAUUACAGCCAACGAUUUGGUGUGUGUCUGUCUGCCCAGUCUUGCAUGCCAUGCGUACGCAGGGCGGACAGUCUAAAGGUGCAGCCACGCCUUCCAUUGUCUGCGUCUCUUUCUGUGUUUGUUUGUCUCUGUCUGCCAGUCUGUUUGUGUAGCAUGGGUCUGUU